GAUUGAUACGCGGACAGUGGUCAAUGCGCCCAUCCAUGCACAGGAGUCGACGUCGCCGGGAGAUCUGGGGACCAAGUCAUUACUGGAGUUAUGUCAGGACGGCGACGAAGCCCUGAUAGCAUCCCACUGCCACCGGAGCGCAGGCCCGAUCCUGCAGUCCAUCAACAUCCCGAUGGAUAACGCCGGCAACACCGUCCUCCACCUCGCCGUCUCCAUGAACGACGUCGCCUUCGCGUCGCUGUUACUGCUCAAGGGCGCGGACCCUAACACGGUCAACCGCGGCGGGAUCACACCAACAAUCAUCGCCCGGCGGAUGAAGUUCAAACGCCUCAUCAAGGUAUUGAAGAAACAUGGCGGUAAAGUCCCGCCAGAGGAGGAGAAGAUCGCCAUGUCGUUGGGUGCGCCUGUACCGAGACGAAAAAGCACGAAGAAGGGGUUGGCCGCGAAUGGGGGCGAUAUGUACAGUCAGCCAAAGAGCAUGUUGUUGACUGGCUCGUCCAAGGAUCUGUUGCUGGAUGGUGGGAUGACGCCUGAGACGACUCUAGCGGACGUACAUGUGCCCGGGGACGUUCCGCAGACGCCGACGAGUCCGUUGCCGUCCCCAGGCGGUGUCACGGAAGCGAAUUGGAGCGAGCUGGAGCGGCCUGCGGAUUUGCUGUAUGGUUUUCAGGCAUUCCCGACGAGUUCGCUGCCUAUAUACAAUGCAGCGUACCUUGGGCUGGGUCUGGAAGCGAUCGAGACGUUACCGCUGGACAUUCUGAACGCGCAUGAUGAGGUUGGAUCCACUGCUCUGAUGAAGGCUAGUCUGAGGGGACACCUCCCCGUCGUGAAAGCAUUACUGCUGCGAGGAGCUAAUGUGGAUUUGAUCGAUUACAUGGGGAACACCGCCCUGGUCUGGGCAGCAUUGGGCGGAAACCUCGACGUGGUCAAAACACUAGCUAAUCACCCUGGAAUAUCAUUGGAUGGGAAAACUCAACCCAUGCAUGAUGAUUGGGGCUACGCCUACCCCGUUACGCCGCUCGCCGCAGCCGGCACGGUAGGACACACGGCGGUAAUGGAGCAUCUCAUCGACGCCGGGGCAAACAUUAACCACACCUUUGGGCCAAACGGUUCCCGAACAGCGCUAAUGUGCGCCGCAUGGAUGAGGCGGGAGGAAGCGGUGCGGCUGCUCAUGAAGCGUGGUGCACACGUACCUGCGGAAGCAGAGAACUGGCUACGGAAAGGCUUCAUCUACCUGAAGAGAGCAGCGCUGGAUACCAACGCCUGGAGUGGGAGUCCCGGUGCGUUCGCCCGAAUCAUGGCCGCAGGCGGCUCCGGAGGCAUCUCGGCCGAAUCUACGGCGCCGCUCACCAUCAACACAUCGACGGCGACCCUGCCGCGGACCCGACGGAUGAGUUUGAAAGACAAAAUGUCAUACUUCUCGUCCGAGGAGUACGCGUCUCUCACGGCCCUGGAGGCCAUCAUGACCGACUCGUCAUCACCUCCUGCGUUCAGCAUGGCCAGUAUCAACAAAAGCAAUAAUAGUCUGCAGGCCGUCAGCGAGAAUGAGAGCAGUGCUAGUGGGAGCAAUGGGGAUCUGUUGAGCGCCGGGUCGGGCACGCCGAGGGCUCGGCAGGCAAGGAACGGGAACAGGAAUCGGUUUCGACAUGGUAUGAAUCUAGAUAAACUCAUCGGCCAAAAUCCCGAGAUCAUCGCCCAACUCACCGAACGAGUCCCCGACCGCGGCACCGAACUCGAUGCCCUCUGGGUCCAAGUCUUCCAACACGUCAUCCAGCUCCUCAUCGCCGCCAACCAGAACCGCAAAACGCAGUUCAUCGUCAUCUCCGCAAACGCCAUCCACCACGCCGGGGAGAUUGUUCGCGCCAUCGAGUCGUUGGAGAAAUCGCUCGGCGCACCGUCGACGGCCACCAACUCGUCCAUACGCCCCUUCUCGCCCAUCGGUACGUCCGGAUUUCCCGUGCUGGCCGCGACGCCCGACAGCAGCUCGAGCAUGUUCGCCAGCACCGCCGUGCGAGCAAGGAUCAAGGAUCUGACGAAGAUGGUGAAUAAUGACCUGCCGAAGCAGCUGAUGCUCACGACCCGGAUCGCGAUUGGGGUGUGGCCGCCGCAGCAUGCGAUGAGCGAUAUGAUCAAGGCGGCGAAUGAGCUCGGGAGGACGUGUCGGGAACUUACGGAUAUUGCCAAUAUGACGGGGUUGUUUCCUGUUCUGGACAAGGUUUUGGAGUUGCAGUUCUCAACCCUGGCCGCGGAAGAAGACUCCGGCUCCGGGACAACGGCAGCACCAAAGGACGCACCAGCCGAGGGUACGGCCGUUAUGGCUAGUCUUUCCUACGAGGAGUACAAGCGGCAAAACGACCUGAAAGUCCUCGAAGAGAUCUCCAAACAAUCCGCCAGCGUCCCAGACGCCGGUCCCUCCGAGCACCGCAACGAGCUCAGCGACACCGAGCAGGUAGAAGAGCAGCGGCGGCGGGAGCAGCUCCUCGACGAGCAGUUCUUUGGCCAGAUGGACCAGCUCCUCCUCUCCUUCGUGGAGGUCAUGAAGGAGAUCAAGCAGGCGUACCAGAAUCAUCUCAAGCACCAGUACGUGAGUCUCACGUCCACCGCCGCACACAGGGCCGAGGUCCUCAUCGACGAGAUUCGGGGUUACGAGUUGUUCGCAAACUUGACGGACGACUUGAUGUUCGACAACGACGACGCGGCCGUGCUGGCAGCCAAAGGCAUCGCGACGAACGGGUUUUCGUUCCCGGUGUCUGUUGCGGACAUCUGGUUCAGCGUGUUGCAGGAAGUUCGCAACGCCGCGCGGAAUGUGACCAUGAAAGGGAAGCUCGCCAGCGGAGUGAUGCCGCCGCCAAACGCCGCGGACGAAAUGGUCCGCUCGACCAUCCCAUGCCUCGUCGCCGUCAAGAAACUGGUCGUGAUUGGCAAAGAAGCCGCCCGGAAGAUCCGGCGGCAGUCGUUCGACAAAGUCACGAAGCGGGAUCGAUGGGCACGCGAUGUUGCGCAGAAUGAGCAUGUUAAGCAGCUGUUUCAGUUGUGGGAGGCGCAAGUGUUGCGGCCGCAGCGGACGUAUGACGAUGAGGGGCCCGCGCCUGUUGCGGGUGGCGCUGCUGCCGCGAGCGUUGCGACGUCUGCGGAGCCCGGAGCGGAGGAGCUUGGGAUGUUGAAGGAUGAUUGGGAAGGGUUGGUUUUUGAGCCGACUGGCGAUAAGGUGGCGGUGAAAGGAGGCCGGUUGACGAAACUUGUGGAGUGGAUGACCUCCGCGCAAAAUACUGACCCUGAAUUCGUCGUCAACUUCCUCCUCACUCACCACUCUUUCACAACCACCUCUGAGCUCCUGGACCUCCUCUUCCGCCGGUACAGCUUCACCGCCCCGCCGGCGCUCACCCGCGCCCAAUACGACGUGUUCCUACAACGCAAAGUGUUCCCCGUCAAGCGGUCCGUGUGCGCCGUGCUGCAGACAUGGGUGUCGAUACUGUUCGAGGAGGAUUUCACAUAUGGAUCGCAUGUGGGGGUGUUCAAGUUGCGGGAUUUUUGUGAGGGGACUGUGGCAAAGGAUUCGGAGGUGUGGAAGAAGGAGUUGAUGGGGUUGGUGGAGCGGAAGCUCAACGAGGUAACAAACCCACCUGCCCUCCUCAGCACGCCCACACCCACGGGCCCAACCCCCAAACUUCCCAAACUCCCCCCCGAAACCGACAUCAAUACGCUCCUCACCGCCAAUCUCCUCUACCAAGACCUGGACCCGAUCGAGCUCGCCCGUCAACUCGCCAUUCAGGAUCUCGAGCACUUUGCUAAGAUCAAGCCCCAUGAAUGCCUCGAUCAGAUUUGGGGGGAUAAGCGGCGGAAGGAGAUGGGGACUAAGGAUGUCCCGGUCGGGCCGACGGGGUUGGGGGACAUGAUUAAGCAUACUAAUAUUGUGACCAUGUGGAUCGCAAACUGCAUCAUCCGCAAUGAAGACCUCAAAGCACGGCGGGAGGCGCUGCGAUACUUUGCCCAGAUGGCAGUGCACUGCCAAGAACUGAACAACUUCAACGGCAUCACCGCCCUCAACGCCGCCAUGUCCAACGCCGCCGUCAACCGCCUGCACAAGACCUGGGAAGCCUUCCGCGAAAAGUAUCCGAAGCUGCACGAAGCCUACCUAGAGGCCAGCUCGACGGUCAGUCCCAAGGGGCAGUAUGCGAAUUACAGGAAGGUCUUGAAGGAGCUUGUGCCGCCCGCUGUGCCGUUUUUGGGUCGGUAUCUUCUUACCAUAUGUCACCCGCACAUAUUUCACUCGAUAUUCACAUCUUUUCAUGUUGCAGGUGUGUCCCUUACAGACCUAACAUUCAUGGAACUCGGCAACCCCGACUUCCUCCCCGACACCUCCCUCAUAAACUUCGACAAACGCCGCAAAGUCUACCAGAUCCUCACCGGCUCCAUUCAGAAAUUCCAGCAGCAGCCUUACAACCUCAUCGUCGUACCCGGGAUCCGCGAUUUCUUGAGCGGGUUGAGCAAUUUGCAACUGUUGAAUGAUGAUGAAUUGUACGAGAUGAGUUUGAAGGUGGAGAAGAAGGAGGAGGAGUUGAGUGAUGAGGGGGAGGAGGAUGGAGACGGGUAGAUUAAGUGUCUGAGAGUCUUUGAAAAGAGUAAGCUUGCUGUGAAAGGGGGUUCAUUUUGAGAUCAAUGCGUAUUUUUUGGGUCGAUGUUGGUGGGGGACGGAUCGUCGUCUGAAUGGGGAGAUGUAUCGGGUUGGGAUUUUGCCCUUUUUUUUAUUUAGUUGCUGUGACGAAGCAAAUACAUGUGUUUGGAAGUUUUGAGUAUAUGGG